UUGACAGUUGUGACAUUACAAUUUUUAGCCGAACACAUUUCAUAUUCGGAUUGUGUGAGCAAUUUAAUUUAAUACAUAAAAAAUGAGUACUGAAGAAAAGAAACCUCUAUUCCGAGACCUCACAGGUGAAGAUCCGGACCCCGAGGUGACAGAAAUUGAGUCGCUAUGUGUGAAUUGUCAUUCAAAUGGUAUGACGCGUCUGCUCCUGACUCGCAUUCCGCACUACAAAAACGUAGUGCUUAUGUCGUUUUCGUGCGAAGAGUGUGGCUUCGAAAACAACGAGAUACAGCCGGGUGGAGCUAUAGCAGAAUUUGGUAUUAGGUGGAAACUACGCGUGGAAGGCGCGACAGAUCUCAACCGACAGGUUGUAAAGAGUGAUUACACACGGGUCUACAUUCCGGAGUUGGAGUUUGAGAUACCAGCUCAGAGUCAGAAAGGAGAGGUGACAACCGUGGAGGGGAUUCUGGCACGUGCCAUGUCUGGUCUCGCGCAAGACCAAGAAGCUCGCAGGCGGGAGCACCCCGACGCCGCGGAUCAGAUCGACGGCUUCGUGAAGCGACUGCACGCUCUGAGGUCCCUGGAGACCAUGUGGAACUUGGAGCUGGAGGAUAUAAGCGGUAUAAUCAUCACAAGGAGCGCCAUGUAUUUGCCCUUGUCGCCCGAGGGCGCCGCCAGCAGCCUCCCCGGGUCCAUAACGCCGGCGGACCCGCGGCAGGGCUGCUACGAGCGCCUCGCCGCGGACGAGGUGCUCCGCUUCGCGACCAACUGCCCGGACUGCGACGCGCCCGCAGACACCAACAUGAAGCUCACCAAAAUACCCCACUUCAAAGAAGUUGUAAUCAUGGCGACCGUAUGCGAAGCCUGCGGGCACAGGACCAAUGAGGUGAAGUCGGGGGGCGGGAUAGAGGAGAAGGGUGUUAAAUUCGAAGUGAAAAUCGCGAACAGAGAUGACUUCUCGCGAGACAUACUGAAGUCGGAGACCUGCAGUAUGAGCAUCCCAGAGCUGGAUUUGGAAGUGGGGGGCAGAGCCCUGGGGGGCAGGUUCACUACCGCGGAGGGGAUAAUACGGGCGUUCAUAGACCAACUGGGGAAUGCGCCCGCCCUGCAGGGCGACUCGCCCGCAGUGGCCAAGGAGAAUCUACAGAUGUUCAUAGCGAAGCUGGAAGAAGUGCUGGACUGCAAGCGACCCAUCACCCUGAUACUGGACGACCCGGCCGGCAACUCGUACGUGCAAAGCUUGAGUGACGACCCGAGCAAGUAUGAUGACGGUAUGAAAGUCGAAUACUAUGAACGCACAGACGAACAAAAUGAUGAGUUGGGAAUUAACGACAUGAAAACGGAAGGAUAUGAGAACAGCAGUUAAUAAACAUUCAAAUAUAU